AUGUUGCGAACUUCAAUGAACAAGCGACGAACGUCGCAAACCGCGUUGGACGGCGGUCGCGGUGAGAAGGUCGCCACUUUCGAAGCCAAGUUCCAUGGCCAGCUCCCCGUCAGCCGACCUCAAGGCAAUGAUGUGGUCAUGCAUGCCGUCUCCAAAAUCCAUGAACUCAAGCAACGAGCCAUACCCGUUCAGAUCAUGCUCACCACCAAAGGCGUGUACGUGGACCAGAAGGACGACAACUCGCUCAUGUGCAAGGUGCCCGUGGCCCAGCUGUCAUGGGUGUGCACAGAUCCCCGCAACAAGCAUCUAUUCUCUUUUUUGGUCCACGAGCCCCGUCUUCACACCGUCGAGUGCUACACUUUCUCGUCCAAGAAGAAUGGCAAGGUGUUUGUCACAGCGUGCAACAAGCUCAUUGCUGAUUUGAUCGCCGAUGGCUCGCGUGCCGAGGCUGAGCUGAAAAUGAUCGAGUCGGCCGUGCCCAUCAUGCCUGUGCAGGCGGAGCGCGACGUCGAAGAGGACUAUGACGACUCGGGUCGUCUGAUUCGUCGCAGUCACCGCCGUCAUUCCCACAUGGAUGACUUGGGCGUGGAAGAACUGCCACUGCAAUCGUACAUCGAUCCACAGCCCUGGGUUUCCGACGAAUACAUCAAGUCCAGCCUUGGCUGCUUUAAGGCCAUUUACAAGGGCGGCAUUCCCGUCAAGGAGAUUGAAGGGUUUCACACCGUCCAACAAGCAGCAUUGCGCGUCAAGGACUUUGGUCUACCGCCCAAAGAAGUGACGCUGGUUGUCACGCAGGCCCAGCUCAUUCUGGUGGAGCGGGACACGGGCGAUCACAUGCACGAAAUCAACAUGCUUCACGUCUCAUACAGUCUGGUUGAUCCGCGCGAUCAUUCUCACUUUUACUGGAUCGUGAACGAUCCUCGCAUGGGGUUUGCCUACUGCCACAUCGUGCAACUCUUGGGCAACGCUGAAAUGCUGCCCACGUGUAUGGCCGCGGCGCAGCGGGCUGUGGCUCGUCAUCGUCGCGAGCUGGCCAGCCAAGAUGCCAUUGCCGCCGCGGCUACCCACGGCAAGCGUGGCAAGAAGACGGCCAAAACGCCCCCUCUGGGCGUGUACGAGGUCAAAUAUCUGGGUGGAGUGCGCUGCGACGGGGCGGGCAACGAGGUGGUGAGGAAGGCCUUGGGUGACUUGCGCCAGCAAUUUCAGCAAAUGUUGCAGUUGGGAGACGUUCAAGACUGGACCCAGGCCGGCGAUCGCGUCGUUCUGGUCAUGACUGCCGAUGGCAUUCGGGUCGUUGAUCUCAUGUCGGGGGAGGUGCUCUUCUUUGUUUACAUUCGCGACGUGGCCUUUUCAACACAUCUGCAUUCAGGCGUCGAUCGCAAGAACAAUCCCGAACACGACGUGUUUGGCUUUGUCGCACAAGACGAGAAGCUCAAUCGUCACGUUUGCCAUCUCUUCAAGUGUCCGCCAGGAAUGGCCCGUGACAUUUGCCGCACGGCGGCGUUUGCCUUUAAGAUGUGCAUUGAGGAAAUGCAGCGCACAGAGCAGGAGAAUCCCUUUCAAGCGUCGUCCAAGACCGACAUGGACUUGUCCUCCCUCUUUCCCGACCACCUCAUUAUCUCGCGUCGGGACAUCAAGGCCAUCAAGGUCUUGGGGUCGGGCCAGUUUGGUACCGUGUGGUUGGCGUUGCAGCGAAUGCGCGACUCAAGCAGCAGCAAGGCCGUGAAACACCGGGCCGUCAAGUUGCUGCGACCAAAUGCCUCAGAGCAGGAUCAGGAAGACUUUUUGCGCGAAGCCAUCACCAUGUCUCGCAUCUCACACCCAAACCUGGUGCGCUUGGUGGGGGUGUCUGUCAACCACGUGCCAUGGCUGGUGGUCUUGGAGUUUAUGCGCUACGGCGAUUUGCGCAACCUAUUGAUUGCGUGCUCGGAAAAGAAGAUUGAGGUGACUUUGGCGGAGCAGUUGCAGUUUAUGCAAUCGGUCUGCUCAGGCAUGGCCUAUUUGGCGUCGAAGCGCUUGGUCCACAUGGAUUUGGCGUGCCGCAACUGUCUGGUGGGCAGCAACAGCCAAUUGAAGAUUGGCGACUUUGGUUUGACCCGCCCCUUUGACGAGGGCAAGAACUACUACAAGCUCGAGCCCAACAGUUCGGUCAAACUACCCGCCAAGUGGCUGUCGGUGGAGGCCCUCUCCACCAUGACCUUUAGCGAGAAGUCGGAUGUGUGGGCUGCCGGAGUCGUCUUUUGGGAGAUUGUCACCUAUGGGUCUCAGCCUUACCCACAAUUCCGCAACAAGGAGAUGCGGCGCAAGCUCAAGGAGGGUUAUCGACUGGAGCAGCCCACCGAUUUUGCCUGCCCCACAGAUUUGUAUGAGCUCAUGACGCUGGCUUGGGAAGCAGAUCCCGACCGCCGCAUUUGCUUUGCCGAUCUCGGCAUCAAGGUACAAGCUUUGCUCAAGGCAGAGCUGGCCAGAAAUCGCAACAAGCUGCGCGACAUUGGGCUGGUGGUGAAUGGUGGCGUGGAGAAGGAGCUGCCGAUGCAGCGAGAGACCUUUGUGGAGCUCUACUCGCAGUUCACGUCUGGCACUGCGAACCAGGGCCAGUACUUUCAGGCGUACGGCUCGGCCACCGAGGCCAAGGACGACUAUGUGGACGUGGAUGGGGCUGGCCCCGAUCCACAGCGCACAGACCUGUACCUCGAUGUUGAGGCCCAAGGCAAGCCGGCUGAAGACGACAGUUACAUUGAGCUCGCUGUGCCCGAGGACGAGCAGGAGGGCAGUUACAUGCAAAUUGAACAGGAGCUUCGCGGAGACACUCUGGGCGACGUUAGCCGGAGCAAUCCUCUCUUUGCCCUCAUCGAAGACGAAUACAUUGAUGCAGUCGCGGAGGAGGGUGAGGACGACGGGACGGGCGUGGGCGCGUCUUACUUGGCAGUGGCCGAAGCGCAUGGCCUGAUGACCGAAGAGGCUUGCGGCGAUGUGGUCGACUCUUCUCACAUGCAAGGCGAUGAUGGCGUGGCGGCCGCACUCCGAGCCCUCAACUUGGGUCGGCCAUCGUAA